AUGGUCCAAUUUCCUUAUUCCAGUGCGCCAUUGCGUACAGUGAAAGAAGUCCAAUUCGGUCUUUUAUCUCCUGAUGAAAUUCGUGCCAUUUCUGUUGCCAAAAUUGAGUUCCCAGAAACAAUGGAUGAAAACCAAAAACCUAGAGUUGGAGGUUUAAAUGAUCCAAGAUUAGGUUCAAUUGAUAGAAACUACAAAUGUCAAACCUGUGGUGAAGGUAUGAAUGAAUGUCCAGGUCAUUUUGGUCAUAUUGAAUUGGCGAAACCAGUCUUCCACAUUGGGUUCAUUAGUAAAAUCAAAAAAGUUUGUGAAUGUGUGUGUAUGCACUGUGGUAAACUUUUAUUAGAUGAAUCAAAUGAAUUAUUCAAACAAGCUAUAAGGAUUAAAGAUCCAAAGAAGAGAUUCAAUGCGGUUUGGAAUUUAUCAAAAACUAAAAUGAUUUGUGAACCUAAUUAUCCAGCUGAAGAUGAAUCUGGUCAAACCGUAUCCAGAGGUGGUUGUGGUAAUGCUCAACCUACCGUUCGUCGUGAUGGGUUAAAGAUUUGGGGUACAUGGAGAAAAGGUAAAGACUUGGAAGAAAAUGAACAACCUGAAAGACGUUUGUUAACCGCAAGUGAAAUCUUGAAUGUCUUCAAGCAUAUUUCACCAGAGGAUUCUCGUAAAUUAGGGUUCCAUGAAGAUUAUGCUCGUCCUGAAUGGCUAAUAUUGUCAGUUUUACCAGUUCCUCCACCACCUGUUAGACCAUCUAUUUCCUUUAAUGAUACACAAAGAGGUGAAGAUGAUUUGACAUAUAAAUUGUCUGAUAUUAUGAAAGCCAACAUUAACGUUCAAAAAUUAGAAAUGGAUGGUUCUCCACAGCAUGUUAUUAAUGAAUUUGAAUCUUUACUACAAUUUCAUGUUGCUACAUAUAUGGACAAUGAUAUUGCCGGUCAACCACAAGCCUUACAAAAAUCUGGUCGUCCUAUUAAAUCUAUUCGUGCACGUCUUAAGGGUAAAGAAGGUCGUAUUAGAGGUAAUUUGAUGGGUAAGCGUGUUGAUUUUUCAGCUCGUACAGUUAUUUCAGGUGAUCCAAACUUAGAAUUAGAUCAAGUUGGUGUCCCAAAGAGUAUUGCUCGUACCUUGACUUAUCCAGAAACCGUCACCCCAUACAAUAUUCAUAGACUAACUGAACUUGUCCGUAAUGGUCCAAAUGAACAUCCAGGUGCUAAAUAUGUUAUUCGUGAUACUGGUGAUCGUAUCGAUUUAAGAUAUAACAAACGUGCUGGUGAUGUUGUUUUACAAUACGGAUGGAAAGUUGAACGUCAUUUAAUGGAUAAUGAUCCUGUGCUUUUCAAUCGUCAACCAUCUUUACAUAAAAUGUCUAUGAUGGCGCAUCGUGUCAAAGUUAUGCCAUAUUCUACCUUCAGAUUAAAUUUGUCUGUUACCUCUCCAUAUAAUGCAGAUUUCGAUGGUGAUGAAAUGAAUUUACACGUUCCACAAUCUGAAGAAACUAGGGCUGAAUUGAUGAAUAUUUGUGCUGUUCCUCUACAGAUUGUUUCUCCACAAUCAAAUAAACCAUGUAUGGGUAUUGUGCAAGAUACUUUAUGUGGUGUUAGAAAAAUGACAUUACGUGAUAGUUUUAUCGAUUAUGACCAAAUGAUGAAUAUUCUUUAUUGGAUUCCAGGAUGGGAUGGUGUUAUUCCUAAUCCAACUAUUUUGAAACCAAGACCACUAUGGACAGGUAAACAGAUGUUAUCAGUUGCAAUUCCAAAAGGUAUUCAUUUACAAAGAUUUGACGAAGGUACUACACCAUUAAGUCCUAAAGAUAAUGGUAUGCUUAUAGUGGAUGGUCAAAUUAUUUUUGGUGUUGUUGAUAAGAAAACUGUUGGUUCAACUAAUGGUGGUUUGAUUCAUUUAGUCAUGAGAGAAAAAGGUCCAAAAGCUUGUGCCGAAUUAUUUGGUAGUUUACAGAAAGUGGUGAAUUUCUGGCUACUUCAUAACGGUUUCUCCAUUGGUAUUGGUGAUACUAUUGCAGAUGCAUCAACCAUGAAGGAAAUUACAGAUGCCAUUGCUCAUGCAAAGGAAAAAGUUGAUGAAGUCACUUUGGAAGCUCAACAACAAAAAUUGACAGCUAAGCAUGGUAUGACAUUGAGAGAAUCUUUUGAAGAUAAUGUUAUUCGUUAUUUGAAUGAGGCGCGUGAUAAAGCUGGUCGUUCAGCAGAAGUUAAUUUGAAAGGAUUAAAUAAUGUUAAACAAAUGGUUAGUGCUGGUUCCAAAGGUUCUUUCAUUAAUAUUGCUCAAAUGUCUGCUUGUGUUGGUCAACAAUCUGUUGAAGGUAAACGUAUUGCUUUUGGGUUUGCAGACAGAACAUUGCCACAUUUCGCCAAAGAUGAUUAUUCUCCAGAAUCUAAAGGGUUUGUUGAAAAUUCAUACUUGAGAGGGUUGACCCCACAAGAGUUCUACUUCCAUGCUAUGGGUGGUCGUGAAGGUUUGAUUGAUACCGCUGUUAAGACUGCAGAAACUGGUUAUAUUCAACGUCGUCUUGUUAAAGCCUUGGAAGAUAUCAUGGUCCAUUAUGAUGGUACCACAAGAAAUUCUCUUGGUAACAUUAUUCAAUUCAUUUAUGGUGAAGAUGGUCUUGAUGCUUGUCAUGUUGAAAAACAAACUAUUGACACCAUUCCAGGUGAAGAUUCUGCAUUUGAAAAACGUUACCGUGUUGAUUUAAUGAGUCCAAAAACAUCCAUCAAACCAGGAUUAAUUGAAUCUGGUCUUGAAAUCAUUGGUAACACAGAACUACAAGCCGUUCUUGAUGGUGAAUAUAAACAGUUGGUUGAAGAUCGUAAAUACUUGAGAAAGGUUUUCGUUGAUGGUGAACACAAUUGGCCACUUCCAGUUAAUAUUCGUCGUAUCAUUCAAAACUCUCAACAAAUUUUCCACAUUGAUCGUACAAAAGCUAGUGAUUUAUCAUUGGAUGAAAUCGUCAAUGGUGUCAAAGAUCUUUCUACCAAAUUGUUGGUUUUACGUGGUGAAUCAAGACUUAUUGAUGAAGCUCAAGCGAAUGCUACAUCUUUAUUCCAAUGUUUGUUGCGUUCACGUCUUGCAUCACGUCGUGUUAUUGAAGAGUAUCGUCUUAACAGAAUUGCAUUCAACUGGGUUCUUGGUGAAAUUGAUGCUCAAUUCCAAAAAUCUGUUGUUCAUCCUGGUGAAAUGGUUGGUGUUGUUGCUGCUCAAUCUAUUGGUGAACCAGCUACUCAAAUGACAUUGAAUACUUUCCAUUUUGCGGGUGUUGCAUCUAAGAAAGUCACAUCAGGUGUUCCUCGUUUAAAAGAAAUUUUGAAUGUUGCGAAGACCAUGAAGACUCCUUCUUUGACUGUUUACCUAGAUCCAGACUAUGCUGCUGAUCAAGAAAGGGCUAAAGAAAUUAGAUCUGCUAUUGAACACACAACUUUGAAAAGUGUUACUGUUGCCACUGAAAUCUAUUAUGACCCAGAACCACGUUCAACCGUCAUUCCAGAAGAUGAGGAAAUGGUCAACUUACAUUUCGAAAUUCCAGAUGAAGAGAUUGAAGCAUCUAUUGAUAAACAAUCACCUUGGUUGCUUCGUAUUGAAUUAGACCGUACUCAAAUGAAUGAUAAAGAUUUGACUAUGGCUGAAGUUGGUGAAAAGAUUAAGGAAACUUUUGGUGAUGAUUUGUUCGUUAUUUGGUCAGAAGAUAAUGCUGAAAAACUUAUUAUUCGUUGUCGUGUUGUCCGUGAUCCUAAAUCAUUGGAGGAAGACUCUGAAGCAGAGGAAGAUCAAAUGUUGAAACGUAUCGAAUCUAAUAUGUUAGAAGCUAUUACUUUGCGUGGUGUUCCAGAUAUUACUCGUGUCGUUAUGAUGAAAUAUGAUCGUAAAGUUCCAGAUGAAACCGGUAAAUAUGCGAAGGUUCCAGAAUGGGUUCUUGAAACAGAUGGUGUUAAUCUUGCUGAAGUCAUGUGUGUCCCAGGUGUUGAUGCAUCACGUAUUUACACUAAUUCCUUUAUUGAUAUUUUGAGUGUUUUGGGUAUUGAAGCUGGUCGUGCUGCCUUAUACAAAGAAGUUUACAAUGUUAUUGCCUCUGAUGGUUCCUAUGUUAACUACCGUCAUAUGGCAUUACUUGUUGAUGUUAUGACUUCUCGUGGUCAUUUAAUGGCUGUUACACGUCAUGGUAUCAAUAGAAAUGAUACUGGUGCUUUGAUGCGUUGUUCAUUCGAAGAAACUGUUGAAAUCUUACUUGAAGCUGGUGCAGCUGCAGAAUUAGAUGAUUGCCGUGGUGUUUCUGAAAAUGUCAUUCUUGGUCAGUUGGCUCCAAUUGGUACUGGUGCGUUUGAUGUUAUGGUUGAUGAUUCUGCAUUGAAAAGUCUUCCAGUUAGUAACGCUGUUCCAGCGUUUGAAACUUCUGAUGAAUAUAACGAUGGUGGUGCUACUCCAUAUGAUUCUUCAUCUCCAGCUCACAGUUCUGAUAUCGAGACAUCUGAUGAAAUUAUGUUCUCACCAGUUGCCGAUUCCGGUGCUCCAAACGCAAAUGGUGGUUUCACAGAAUAUGGUGGUGGUGGUUUAACAGAUUAUGGUGGAUAUGGUGCCGCUGCUUCACCAGGUGCUGCUUUAAAUCCAACUUCACCUUUCGGUGGUGGUUAUGGUUAUGCUCCUACUUCACCAGGUGGGUUCGCAGCAUCUCCAGCUUAUGCCCCAACAUCACCUUCAUACUCUGCAACUUCCCCAUCAUACAGUCCUACAUCCCCAUCUUACUCACCAACCUCACCAUCAUAUUCACCAACUUCACCAUCUUAUAGUCCAACCUCACCUUCAUACUCACCAACUUCACCUUCAUACUCACCAACAUCUCCAUCAUACUCACCUACAUCUCCAUCAUACUCACCUACUUCACCUUCUUAUUCUCCAACAUCACCAUCCUAUUCUCCAACAUCACCAUCUUAUUCACCAACAUCUCCAUCAUACAGUCCUACAUCCCCAUCUUAUUCACCUACAUCACCUUCAUACAGUCCAACAUCACCUUCCUAUAGUCCUACAUCCCCAUCAUAUUCACCUACAUCCCCAUCAUACUCACCUACAUCUCCAUCAUACAGUCCAACAUCACCACAAUAUAGUCCAACUUCUCCAUCAUAUAGUCCUACAUCACCACAGUAUUCACCAACCUCUCCACAAUACUCACCAGGAUCACCUGAGUAUUCACCAAAAGAGGAUUCUGAGGAAAAGGAUAAGAAAUAA